AUGUCACAGAUGCUGCGUACGGUCUUAAAUUCCCAGCUACGCGACAGACAACCAGAAAAAUAUGUCACGUUUCAGGACUCUUCAACGACUAGUUUCGAUUCGCCUCCUCUUUCUCGGCAGACCAGUACAAGCUCUCUUCCUGCGCUCGCGGAAUCGUCUACAUCAAUACCGGGACGCUCUUUAUGCAGCGAAAAGAGUCUCCCUGAUACUCUGUGCUUUAAGGACACUAUCAUUGGCGAGAGCAAGUUGCUAUCUUCUCUAUUGCGCAAGGCCGAUGGGCCAUUUCGAGCCUUGCAGGCUUCAUCUGUACAGUAUUUGUUCUCUGCAGACCCUAGUAAAUGGGGUACCAAUAUAUCUCCUGACGUGGCCGAGGAUGAUGACGAUUUGCACGACCCUGACGUACCCGACAAGAAAAAUGACGAUGCAUUAUUUACUGUUUCUCGUCGCGGCUUUCAGAACAUUGGCGGCUUAGUCCUCCUUACCACUAUACUGGUUGGCCUGUUUGCCGGACUUCCGAUUGCCAUCCAUUACGCAAAACAUCCUUUGUCAAAACUUGGUGGAUUUGGCAUCGGCGGGAUAAAUGCAUCUGGUCAAGUACCUUUCUUCGGCAAUUACAGGCUAAUCGACGAGGACACUCCAAUAGAAGCAUAUGAAAAGAAAAGUUGGAAUGAUGGCACCGACAUGGAGCUGGUCUUCUCCGAUGAGUUCAACACAGACGGACGCACAUUCUAUCCCGGCGAUGAUCCGUAUUGGGAGGCUUCUGAUAUGCAUUACUGGUCAACAAAUGAUAUGGAGUGGUAUGACCCUGCUGCAGUCACAACUGCAAAUGGCUAUUUACAAAUCACCAUGUCCAGGAAGGACACACACAACCUCAAGUAUCAAAGUGCUCAACUAUCAACGUGGAACAAAUUCUGCUUUACGGGUGGUUAUAUUGAAGUCAAUGUAUCUCUACCUGGAGUUACUGAUGUUACAGGUUUCUGGCCAUCGAUUUGGACUAUGGGUAAUCUUGGCCGAGCAGGAUACGGUGCAACUGUGGACGGCACAUGGCCUUACUCUUAUGAUUCGUGCGACGUUGGAACGGCUCCGAAUCAGACAAUCAACGGGCAACCGCAUCUCGCCACAAUACAUGGGGACCCCUAUCAUCACGGUGCACUUUCUUAUCUGGUUGGGCAGAGGCUUUCUCGCUGUACAUGUCCUGGGGAGAGUCAUCCUGGUCCUGUGCAUAAAGAUGGAACGUACGUAGGACGUGGCGCACCCGAAAUUGACGUGUUCGAAGCAUUGGUGGACAAAAGAGUCGGACAAGUCAGUCAAAGCUCGCAAUGGGCUCCAUUUGGCUAUUCUUAUGAAUGGUACAAUACGUCUGAAAAUCUGAGCAUCCCAAAUAAGACGCUUUCAUACCUGAACGCAUACAGAGGCGGCAUUCAUCAACAAGCGACAUCUGUUCUGACGAAGACGAACCAGAACUGCUAUACGGGCGAGGCCGGAUGUUUCUCAGUAUUCGGAUUCGAAUACAAGCCGGGUUUCGAUAUUGACAACUCAUACAUCACCUGGAUCGCGGAUAAUAAGGCAUCAUGGGCUCUGAAAGGAGCCGGCUUGGCGGCAGACCCCCGCGUGAACAUAAGCUCCCGGCCCGUCUCUCAGGAGCCCAUGUAUGUGAUUAUGCAGUUUGGCAUGUCGAAGAACUUUCAGACUGUUGAGCUGGACAAGCUUCCUUUUCCUUCGGCGAUGUUGGUCGAUUAUAUCCGCAUCUAUCAGAAGAAGGGUCAGGAGAAUAUCGGGUGUGAUCCUAGGGGCUUUCCGACUGCGGAUUAUAUCAAUACGUAUAUUGAAGCAUAUACAAACCCUAAUUUGACAACUUGGGUAGAUGAUUACAAGCAGCGGGUGCCGAAAAAUAAGCUUGUCACAGGUUGUGACUAGCUCCUCUGACCUUGAGCUGUUCUCGCCGAUAAUUCUCACUGAACGGCUGCCCAGUGCUACUUCGUGUCCUUCGUCCGAUUCGGAAGGGCGCCAUUGCUGUGUGCCCCGUAAAUUCUUAGAUUGACCAUACCUGAACGUCAUACAGAUUAGAGCUUUUCCAUAUCUUCGUACUCACCCAUUUUGUAGACAUUGUAACGGGUAGGGACCGAAUAUCAUUAUUCUUAA